UUUUAAACACGUUGAGCGGGAACAUUGAAAUGGAUACUGUCAAACAUCGAAUAUUUAUGAACUAGAAACGGUGCAGUGGCUGCCCGAAGAGCCUAUUCCGUGUGGAUAUGGCAGGACAACUUUUCUUGUCCGAUUUGCAGUCUGGAAACCAUGAAACCAUCGGACAAGACAUCGAGAACUACCUGUCUCCACUGCUGUGUAAAAAGAAUCCUGCUGAAAGGGAGGACAAAUCCAAGUAUGGAUUGUAUACAGUCAAGUUCCUCCACACAUCUGUAUCCCAUGUGAGCAGCAGUCGAGAAUCUACAAGUCUUCUUCAAGCUGUCUGUAGCUGUUACCUAGGAUACAAGGUUGCCAGGGAGGAAGUCAAGCUGAAUGAACCUUUGACCGUGUUGAAGCUUCUGUACCAUCUCCUUACUAAACUCCCACAAAAGGGAAUUCCAGAAAGUCAGCUGACCAUUGCUGAACACUUACAUGAUGAGUUAUCCUACAACAUUGAGGCGACGCCCGGUAACGUGGAUACCAUUAUACACAACACCUACAGUUACCUGUGGAACGUGGCAGCCAAACUGGAACAGGACCAGAGUAACGGCUCACCAGACACUGUGCUUAAACUAAGACAUGCAGCCCUGAAAACACUUCUGUUGGGCCCAUCUACUGUCGCUGUGUUUGUGGAAAAAUACCUCGUGGCAUUUAGCAGAUAUGACAGAGUGACUGUUCAGUACAGGGACAAAGGCAUGUACACAGACGCAGAGAUGUAUGUGGAUCUGACCCAGGAUCUUCUGUCGAGUCUCAUCAAACGGGCCUCAGAUGGUUUCUCUACGGAAGCUGAAGCUUGGAGUCUGCUCUCUGUCUUUUUAGGCCUCUUUAAGUACAUUCUACAGAGAUCUCUUCAAAAUAAGAUCAGUGAUUGUCAAAAUAUAUUGGAAGAAACAAAAUUGAAUGUUACUUGUCAAGUAUCAGAUGCUUUUUCUGUUGUUAAAAAUCUCUUUCUGGUAGUGGAUUUGUUAUUCAAGGGUACAACUGGAAAGUGUGGGAAAAAGAUUGCUUCACAGUUGUCCAAUGUAAGUGAAAUUUUCUGUAGUUCCUUUGACAAUAGUUAUACAUCCUGGCCACAGACCUGCAAGACAUUCAUCCAUGACAUGGUCACACUUCUGCUGAAACAUAUGGAAAAUUUAACUCCCUUUCCUGCUGUUGAAACUGUUCGAGAAAUUUUGAAGAUUGGAGCUGCUUCGUUUUCAGCAGAUGUUGAGAUUGGUCAACAACAGUCUGCAUCAGUAGAACAUCUACAACUUUGUCUACGAAUCUUGUUCAAAUAUCUGAAAGACACUCAAGAAGGAGACUCGUACCUGUUUUUUAUGGAGACUGUGAUAGAACUGUCCGACCGCUACAAUACAAUACUGGAGUCAGAUGCCUUAGACUGGUCCACAAAGAAACUUAAUCAAGAGAGACACUAUUGUGGUUAUCUCAUGUCCAAGCUUGGUCAUCUGUACUCUACAAAGGGAGAUAACACUUCUGCCUGCAAACUGUACACCAUCUCUUGUCGUCAGCUGACCCAGUGGGUGAAAUCCGAUGUGUCACUCACACAACAGAGGCUUCAGGAGGUCUCCUUAUGGUUGGUGUACGAGUGUUUAUCAGAUUGCCAAAAGAAGUGUGGAGAUUUACCGAGUGCCAUGGAGACGAUCCAGAAUUGUCUGCUGAUAGAUUCCAGUCACAUGACCUCAGCUGUCAAGCUGUGGGUGAGAACCAAGAAAGAAGCCAUCAAAAACGAAACCAACACUGUCAAACAGAUGGUUUUAGGUGACCAGCUGUUGGCCAGGUGUCCGGACACCAAACUGGACAUCACAGAUUUACUCAACCUCGAGCUGCUAGCUUUUAGAAACAACAGGCGAAGUUAUAAUGAGGUGGAAGUGACUAUUCUGAAGGUGAUACUGACUGUGUCCAAAGCACCCACGGUCCAGGCCAGGGCACUCUUGGACAUUGGUCAGCUUAUAUGGAUGAAAGGGAUCACUGAAGACAAGUCUUCACUGGACUACAUACAAGAAGCAGAGGAGGUGUUGUCAGGGUCUAGGGACACGAUAUCUAGUGUACUUCUAGCCGAGGUCUACCUCUGGUCCUAUAUCAUACAACACGAGGUCCAGUGUCACCAGAUGUUUCACCUGUCCCAUACCACCCCACCAGUGACUGAGGCGACGCCCACUGCUGAUCUGUCUACAGGGGAAUCGGUAGACACAGAGGAUGAUACAAGUAGCCACACCUCUCUAAAACACCCAUCUCCAGCCAUGUUUACAUUUACCAUGGAAACUGUUGCUAUGGAAAAACUGGAAAGUGCUCUUGCAUUGUGGGAAGCUAUCCUGACAGGAAGUGAUGGUUUAGACAACAGGACCGACCCCGGUGUGCUUCUGACCACCUUGAUGCUGUGUUCCAGCAUACUGCGACUGUCCAGGAGGAUAAAAAAUGAGCUACGCGUGCUGUACCUUGCCCAACAACUUGUGGACAAACAUCCUACUUUGGACCGGUCAGCUCUGGACAUCAGGUUGUUGGAGGCCCGAAUCCUAGUGGGACAAACAGACAGAAGCUGCACUGGACCACAGUGGCUGGAGGAUGCUGACCAGCUUGCUGAACUCCAGGGGUCACAGAGGGACAAUGCUGUACACGCCAUGCUGGUCCACAUUCGUCAGGCUUUCUACCAUAACCAGCUGGAGAAGGGUAUGACCCAGCUCACCUCUGUGAUAUCACUCCUGGAGUCACAGACGUGUAAGACCCGCUCUGUGUGCUCUGCUGAAGGAACUGCCAAACGCCUGAUGUCCAUGUUCCUGGGCCUUCCUGACUGUUCACAGCAGUACCGGAACGUGUACAUCCUCGACUUGGCCCUCGAUGCCAUCAGGAUGCACACAGGUGUCGUCCAACUGAUCCUGGGGAAGGAGUUCCUCAACUUCACGAUGGAACAGUCAAUAGGCAGCAACUCGUUUGACAAGUGGUCUGCAGUAGGGGACCUCGUGGAAUCUCUGUUACACCUGGGAAGGCUGUACAGUCUAGCCGGGGAGGACAGGGAAGCCAGGUGCUUUCUACGGGAGGGCUGGCAACUCUCUCACCACCUCUGUCUACCCUACUGGACUAUGCAGUUUUCGAUUGAACUGGCUAAAAUUCAUAACCUGUCUGGAAACAUAGAGGAUGCAACAAGUACCGUCUCCGACUGCCAUCACAUGUUAGAAAGUUAUACACUUGAUCGGAUUGCAGCAACGUCUUUACGUGUGAAAGUCAAACCUUCCGUACCAACAAAAAUAUUAAGUAAACAUUCAGUGAACAGGAAAUUAGAGGAAAACUUUGGGUUUGAAAGUGAGGAAGAAAUGGCACAGGACCAUGAGGAAAAUCUUUCUAGUCGAUUAGUGUUGCCGAAAUGUUAUCACCAUAUUGUAGACAAGAAAACCUGUGACGUCUGUACGGACCCGUGGAUGUCGCUGUGGGUCCUGAAUGUGACAAUGGUCGUGACACACUGUCAGGUCAGCCUAGGUGAAGGGGUGUCAGAGACAUUGAAAUGUAUUCAAAAUAUUUGUGAGACUCGUAUGUCUGAUGGAACAUCAAUUUCAAAUAGUAAAACAGAGAGAAAGAAACAGAAGAAAAAGUUAAAUGAGGAUUGUUUAAAGUCCGAACUGAUCGUUGCUGAGGUAAAUAAACUGUCGUUGAAAGAACUCUACUUGGAGGCGAUGACACUACAGGCUCAGACUUUGUCCGACUCUGGGGAUAUGGAACUCUGUGCCAAUGUAGCUAGAACAGGACUAGCCACCUGUGAGGCCGUCCCCGGAGUUUCCGUCCAUGUCAAUCAGCUGGAGGCCAAUCUCCGGCUCCACCAGGUGUUGUCUCAGUGUGAUCCACUAUUCAACACUGUGCAGCAGGUUGUAUCAGGGGACUGUUCAGCCACCAACAUCUCGGCCAUGUCAUCUGAUCUGUUCUAUAAUGACGACGAAAUGACACAAGUCACUUCCUCAAUGUCUCAGGUCAAGAUUGAAGACUGUUCCAGUGUGAACUCGGCAUUAAGUGAUAUGGAAACAGUGGAAGUUGAUCAGUGUGCCACAGGAAAGGAGACGACGACAAAGAACAAAAAGACUUCGCUAGCAAAUAAAAAUGCUUCUGUUGAAGCCAAGGAAAACACUGUAAAGAAACCAGCGGUCAAAAAAGUAAAGUUACUGAGAGAAGAGGCGAUCAUUAGUACACCGAAGCGUGACCGGUCAACACUGAGUACUGACCUGUGUAAUACUCCUCAUGGUCAACAAUAUGUGUAUACUGACAACAAGGACACUGUGUCCAUGCCCCUCAAGACACCACGGAGUGUGUGUAGUCGCAAAGCAAGACUCGAUCUCCUGCUGGAUGACAGUGAUGAUGAUAUCAAAGUCAAGUCUGUACGAGGGAAAACAACGGGGAGGAACUAUACGAAGAAAUCUGGAAAGAAAACGAGCAAUGCGUGUGACAUUAUGAAAACUCCAAAACUUGAUUUAUUAAAAGCAAUUUCAACAUCUACAGGGGAAAGUGACCCCAACAAGAAAGGACGGUCUAGGAUUCCGUGUCGUGUCAAGACUGCAAAAACAGCAGAGGUCCCUGUAGAGAAAGACAAUAAUAAAAAUAUUAGACUUAAAACAACAGAGAAUCAAGAGGGACGAAAAACAAAAUUAAAUAACAGUAAAAAUCAAACCUGUGAUAAAAUUGUAAAGGGACGUCCGGCUAGGAAAGGAAACAAAGACAUGUCAUCGAAAAAUGUUGCAGAUAUUGAAUUUGAGCGUAAAAAUGAAGAUCCCGACAUCAACUGUGCAUCUGUUGCUGCCACGGAUGUUUACACCUUUGAUGUGUCCGACAACGAAGAGGAGGUUUGUGCUACCAAGACGACAAAGAAAAUAACAGGAAAACGUAAACCUGCAACGAGUAAAUGUACAACUGAAGUGAAGAGUCGUACAACUGAAGUGAAAUGUCGUACACAAAACAUGCGAAACUCUCGCAGAGUGAACGGACAGGAAAAAGUCAGGGAUAAUACAGGGGAAAACGAGGAAAAAAUAUUCAGUCUGGUCAAAUGUUUGGAUUUGCCGGUCAUAGGUUUAGAGGAGCCUUGCUCACCCAAGGUGGAGUUGAACUUGAGUAGAGAUGUGGAGAUAGAUUUGUUGGACGUGAAGUGUCCACAAAGCAGUGAUGGUGACUGCCAGACGAUUGAGUUAAGUCCAGCAGAUCUGGGGGUUGUGGCUCCUGAAGAACUGCAUGAUUUGAAUGAUUCCAUUGAGUUAUUGAGAGGAGAUGAUAAGGGAAAGAGGAAAGUCACAACAACAUAUACAAAGAAGGGUCGAGGGCGAAAGAAAGAAGAUUCUUCUGUCUCGGACACUGGGUCAACAUCAGGGGAGACAACCGAGGUCCUGCGAUCCACACAUAUACUCCAUACCAAGAUCCCACAGGUGACUGGUGUCUACGAACCUACGGUCAAAAUACCACAUGCUCCAGCCGUCCAGGAAAACACAGCAGCUCGUCAACUGGACGCAUCCAUAGAGGAAACCCUGGAGAAAGCAUUCCAGCAGGUCCACCACAUGCCGUCUCCCGGCCUGUACAGCCAGAUCUGUCACAUGAAGGCUCUGCACCAUCUGGAGUCAUCUCCCCUUAAAGCUGCUUUCUACCUGUGUGAGGCUCUGGCUGUCACUUUCCGUCACCAAGCUCUGGUCAACUCUGGCAAGAAAAUCAGAAAGAUGAAGCGUCAACAGAAUGCGGAACAUAUGGAGGUGACUGAGGAACCGACUGACUCGGAAGGGCAAGCUUUUACAGAGAAAGAAAACCUAAACUCAAACCCCAAGGUGUCCAAGGCAAAACAGACCGGCAAAGUACAACGCAAGGAUUCAAAGCUGACAAGGGGACAAACUGGUGAACAGAAAGUGACCAAAUGUAACAGGGAGGAGGAAUCAGACAUGGAUAAACUCAGGAUUGAACAAGAAAGUCUACAAUUCACGAAAUCUGAAUGUGACCUUGAGAAGAUGAUGGAGGCACUUCCUCAUGAUAUAGUUGUAUGUCAUCUGUCGGUGGUCAAUCAUCCCACUCAUCACUCACACCUACUGGUCAGUCGGCUGGAGAAACACGCAGAGCCGGUCAUCGUCAGCCUUCCAGGAAUCUCCAGUCUCCUGGGACAGCAGAUACUGCCGGAGUUCACGGCUGUAAUGGAGGAGAGUCGACAGAGCCUCAAACUGACAAAGAAGGCCGAGUGGUGGAAAGUCCGCAGAGGACUGGACGACCGCAUGCAUAGUGUGCUGGACGGUAUGGAGAACUACUGGCUCAGUCACUGGAAGGUGUUACUACUGGGCAGUCUCUGUGUGAGUGACCAGGACAGACAGAAACUGACCGCUCUGACUGAGGCCGUCCACACCGAAAUACAACAACGCACUGGAGCUGUGGUGUCCAGAGCCAAGCUUAGGGUUUUACUUCAGUCUGGGGAUGACUUAUCUGACCAGCACCUGACCACUGCAUUGUCUGAACUGACCAGGUGUCCACUUGGAUCUGCGGUCAUCCCUCAACUUGUCUCCUCAAUCAGAAGCCGAUGUAGGGAUGCUGGAAUACCGUGUGAAGACACAAAGCCUCAGCACGUCAUUCUGGUACUGGACAAGACUAUUCAGCAUCUCCCGUGGGAAAGCAUACCAAUUCUGAGGAAACAUUCUGUCUCUCGUGUUCCAUCCUUUUACCACAUGUGUGUGCAGCUAUCUUGCCUCCAAACAGAUGAGAACACCAUUUAUAAGAAUGGAAUCGACAGUCGACAGACCUUUUAUUUCCUGGAUCCGGAUGGCAAUCUGUCCUCCACAAGAGAAACGUUUCAGGCUUGGUUUCAAAAAGAGCCUGGCUGGAAGGGACUUGUGGGAGAGAAACCAUCAGCUGACCUGUUCAAAGAGGCUCUGACACAGAGUGACCUGGUGAUCUACUGUGGUCAUGGCAGUGGCAGCAAGUAUUUCCAUGGUGACGACCUUCAACAGGUCAACUGUCGAGCUGCCACCAUUCUGAUGGGCUGUAGCAGUGGCCGUCUUCAGGUCAAAGGUCAGCUAGAGGCUUCUGGGAUAAUGCUGAACUACUUCCUGUCCGGAUGCCCCUGUAUCGUGUCCAACCUGUGGGAUGUGACUGACCGCGACAUUGACCGGUUCCUGGAGAGCCUGUUGACCACCUGGCUGUCGGCGGACAAGCCUUGUUCCCUACUGGACAUACUACCAGCUGCACGGGAGGUGUGUCAGCUUCCGUACCUCAUCGGUUCUGCUCCUGUUGUGUACGGCUUCCCAGUGUACAUGAGAUCGUGAUGGUGAACUGUCUAGUCCUCUGUAAUAAACCUCUGGUGAUAUUCACUGACAUUCUUGCUGUCCGCUGUCAGUAGUGAAGAGAAUCCACACGAAAAGAAAUAGAUAAUAGAUUUGUCAAAUUUAGGG